AUGUCUUCAAUUAUACAGGAUCAAUUUUCAACAGGUAUCUGUAUUACUGACAAUGAGACAAAUUCGGAUACGGAUAAUUCAUUGACCGGUGGAAGUGGUUCUACCGGUGGUCUACAUUCAGAUUAUCAGCCGCCAUAUUUUCCUCCACCGUACUAUCCAUCUAUAACUACACCAAUGAUGAUGAUAACGACAACAACGGAGACAGCAACUAAUAGUUUAGGAACAAAUUUCUAUCAUAAUAGUGGACAAAACACAUCAUUUAUAAAUGGUUCAAAUAAUUAUUCUAGUAAUUUUUAUCAUCCGAAUUUAUGUCAUGAUUCAAAUAUAUUUAAUCAACAUUUACACACUUCUCAACAUCAUCAUCAUCACCACCAACAACAACAGUCAAGAUUACAUACAAACGCAUCGAAUUUUCCAUUUUCUUCAUAUUUUACCACAAAUCCAAAUUAUUAUUCAUCAGUUAAUUAUAUGAAUGGAUCUGUAUUAACUAAUGAAAAUUUAUCAUCACUGUCAUCAUCUUCAUCUGAUAUGAAUCAUACAAAUAAUAUGUUUGCAAAUUAUCCAUUCAAUUAUUCUAUACAAAGUGGUAUUCAAACAUGUAACACAGCAACAAUAGCAGAUCAGAUUGUAAACAUUCUUCCACGUUCUAAAUUAUCUGAAAUGGUUGAUCAUCUAACACAAAAUAACAAUAAUCACAGUGGAUGUAAUAAUAAUAGUAAUAAUAAUAAUAAUAAUAAUAAUAAUAAUAAUAAUAAUAAUAAUGGUGGUGGUGGUGGUGGUAAUUCUAAAACACUACAUUUAAAAAUCGAUGAUGAAGUACAUGACGUGGAAACUUCAGCUACCAGUUCACAGUCUUCUUUCAUACAUCGUCCAAAUAUGCAUCACUGUUCACUUAUACCUGAAUAUGAAAUGGUAGAAAAAAAUUUUGGGCAAUCACAUCAUACAACAGAAUCAAACUAUCAACAAAGUGGAACUCCUUCAUCAAUUGAUACUACCGAAUCAUCUCCACACAAUUCAUCGCAAUUUUUAUCUCCAGGAUCAAAUAAAGGAAAUUUUGAAAUAGGAUCUGAAAUUAACAGAAUGCAAAUGAGUAGUACAUCAACAAAUGAUCCUAGUAGAAAUAUCUAUUCGUCUCCAGUAUCAUGUGGAAUGAAUACCAAUGAAUUAAAUUUAGAAGAUAAAGUAAGGAAUCAUGAAGAGGAGAAAAAUGCUUUAAGAACAUUUAAUUAUCCUGAUAUAAAUUCAUUAAAAAAUGUAUUCACCAUGGGAAUUACUUCAGAAAUUCAAAACUUAACAGAAGGUUUUUUAAAUGAUCCUACAAAUGUUAUGCUACAAACAAACUUAACUCAAAAUUUAGAUCAAUCUAAUACUUAUAUGUCACAUUCUCAAGGAGCAAGAUUUUCAACAAGUUUUAAUACUGAAUGCACACAGAAUGUUAUUUAUCAACCGACUGCUUCAGUAAUACCUGAACAACCGUUUAGUCGUUUAUCUGGUGGGGGAAAUGGUGGAAAAAAUGGAUUUUGUAAAAGAGAAAGUUUACGAUAUAAAACCUUAUCUUCUCAUUUUCUUUCCAUUGAAGCAAUCAGAUAUAAAACAGCUUUAGAUGGACGAACUGAUUUUAUUCAUGCACCGAGCCCAUCCGACAUAUUUUGUACUGUUCCUGGACGUCUAUCAUUACUCAGUUCAACUUCAAAAUAUAAAGUAACUGUUGCGGAAGUUCAAAGACGUCUGUCACCACCAGAAUGUUUGAAUGCUUCAUUGCUUGGUGGUGUUUUACGCCGAGCAAAAUCUAAAAAUGGAGGAAGAUCAUUGCGUGAUAAGUUGGACAAAAUUGGGUUAAAUUUACCAGCUGGACGACGAAAAGCGGCAACAGUUACUCUGUUAACUUCACUUGUUGAAGGUGAGGCUAUUAGAAUGGCUCGUGACUUUAGUUAUUUAUGUGAAAAUGAGUUUCCACAUAGAAUAUGCGCUGAAUAUCUUUCACGUACUUUGAAUGGAUGUGAUUACAGUGAUGUGCAAAAGAAACGAAAUCAAGUAAUCUCAACAAAACAAAUGUUGGGUGAAAUCACUGAUUUAUUAACAAAAGACAGAAGUCCACUUGCAGUGAAUCCACUUCCACCAAAUCGAACAACAAAUUGUCUUGAUGUUACUACACAAAAAUCAUUAACUCAUUUCAGUCAUAUAACACAUGGAUUUGGUGGUUUAACAUUAAUUAGUGCUUUAAAUACAUUUCAAACAAUUCUAUCAGAUUUACUUAAAAUUUUAAAUAAAGAUAGUCAGUCAAUUACUCAUUCUACAAAUAGUUCAACUAUAUAUACAGAUAGACAUACACCUGUAACUUCAAGUAUUUGUCAUCAUCAUCAACUACAACAAUUUUCAAAUAAUACUAUAUCUAAUACUUUAAAUGAAGCUCAAACAUUAUCUUCAUUAUCUUUGACAAUUAAUACAGAUCCAUUAAACAAUAAUAAUAAUAAUAAUAAUAAUAAUAAUAAUAAUAAUAAUAAUAAUAGUAAUAUACAACGUAGAAAAUAUAUUAUGCAACAUAUGAAUGAAAAUAAUUCAUCAGAUCUAAGAAAUAUUAUAUCUAUGCAAAGAAGUAAUUUAGACAAUGAAGUUGAAAAUGGUACUAGUCUAAAUGGAAUUAGAUAA